CUCAUGGACACCACAAACCCAGCCACCAUCCAACAUACCGUAGUUUGCGACCUACAACUUUGCUUCAUUCAUACAACUCAUUCUUCUUCGCAAAACCUUUCUCAAACCCCUUCUACAGAACGUUCAUUACGAUAGAUCCGACACUCCGUAUCUCGACUGAAAAGGCUUUCCUCGGCCGCCCGAACCAGCGCAUUCCUGCUGCCUUAUACCGGUACCGCCGCACCGUCAUACGACACAACAUACAUCCCAUUUCCCAUGAUGACGGCAGGAUUAAAAACAAUCAUCGCUCUCUCCUUUGUCCUCGCCAUCGGCUUCCUCCUCGUCAUCCUUUCCGCCGCUCUCUUCCACAACUUCCUCACCCUCCUCGUGGUGGCGACGUAUGUGUUGGCUCCCGUGCCGAACUGGAUCGCCUCGAGAUGUGCGAACCCCGAUGAUUUCAUCGAAAGCAAUGCCAGUGCUUGGAUCGAUCUUGGACGGUUCGCGACCGGCUUCUUGGUUGUCAUGGGCAUAGCCCUGCCUGUUUUACUGGCACAUUGCGCUCUCAUCAAAAUCCCAGCAAUGGUCAUGUCGAUCGUCGGUGGCCUUCUGAUAUACGGAACCAUCAUCAGUUUCACGCAGUUUUUCAAGGAGGAGCAAGACUUUUGAUCGCAUUUCUCGAGAGCUUAGGACCUAGGUAGCUCAACGAACCCAUGUAUCAUCUAUGUCGUACAUGUUAGGCUAUUGUGGUUGUGGGCGCUCACCAAGGGUGGUACUCGGGACUGUCAGGAUGGCCGAUGGGUUUCGUUUCUUUUCUUUUUUUUGGGAAAGAAAGAAAGAACAUGUCAUUGUAGACAACCAAAAUUUCCCACCCCGAUGUCAAGCGACGGCACGUGAGAUUGAGCUCCAAGGCAUUUAUUCAUUUUAUAGCAAGCAAUUUAUUGAAGCGACAAAAUGGAAACCAAGCCAUCUACAGACUUCAAGAACUCAAGACAGCGGAAUCAACACGUAUUUAGCAUCAAAGGAAGGAUCAUGAGAUUGCAGGCUCACCAUUUCUCUGGCCUUGGUUCUCCUCGCGCACACGGAACGGUCACACGGCGUUGCAUUCAUGCGUGAGGAUAGACGUCCCGGAGAGAUAGUUGCCAGUACACCGCCGGACUAUAAGGAGAGGUAGCUAGAAAAAGAGGGUGUCCCUUGUCAUUCUUUCAAUCAAAACUCCCUCCAACCUUCACCACCAGUGAUCAUAUUCGCCGCUUGUUCUUUGUUUUUGUCCGACAUGGAAACCCAGAUGGAAGAUGCGUCCGAGACGGGGGAAGUGCCGAAUUUGCCUUCACAAAAGGUCAUGAAACGUUGAAAUUCUCCGAGGGAUUUUUGUGUAAUGAUAUCCUUGAUACUGUCAAUAUUGUCGACAUUGUUGGUGGUGGUGGUGUUUGUAGUGCUAACAGAGGAG